UUGCUGCCUCUGCAGACUUUGGCCAUCAUUAAGGCUCACGGACCCACAGUGAGCUUGCUCCUCCACCGGGAAGACCUCUGUGAAUACGCCCUGGGCCAGGUCCCCUGGCUCCUGGACCAGUAUAAAGACAAAGAGAUCGAUUUCCACAUCACUCAGUUUGCCAUGUCCACCAAGAAUCUGGAGAAACCAGUAAAACCUAACUCCCAGGAGAAUGAAAAGGGAGAGAAAUCUGUCCAAGAAACAAGCUUGGAGAUCUUAAAAACCCUGGACCCACUGGUCAUUGGCAUGCCUCAGGUGCUAUGGCCAAGAAUCCUGACUUUUGUGGUACCUGCAGAAUAUACGGGAACUCUGAAAUACCUGUUCAAUAUCAUCAGAAUUCUGUUCAUGGCAGAGGAGAGGAAGAAGAAUGACAAGGAGUCAACAGCCCUCGUCAUCUCUACAGGAGCUGUGAAACUUCCUUCACCACAACAGCUGCUGGCCAGACUUCUGGUAAUAUCUAUGCUCGCCAGUUUAGGGAAAUUAUGUGGUGCUGGUGCAAUUGGACUUUUGAAGAUACUGCCUGAGAUAAUUCACCCAAAUUUGGUAGAGCUGUGGAAAACACGCAUACCUGAGCUCCUGCAGCCUCUGGAAGGAAAGAACACCAGUAUUGUGCUAUGGGAGACCAUGCUGCUUCAGUUGCUCAAAGAAUCUUUAUGGAAGAUCAGUGACGUAGCCUGGACCAUCCAACUGAUUCGGGAUUUCAAACAGCAAAUGGACAGUUACAGCAACACCUCCGUUGAGAAGAAAUUCCUUUGGAAAGCCUUGGGGACCACCUUAGCAUCCUGCCAAGAUAUAGACUUUGUAAGCUCACAGGUUAAGGAAUUUCUGAUUGCACCCAGCCAACUAGGGGAUCAACGACAGGGGAUAAUGUCUAUUUUAGGAUGCUGUGCUGAGAACCACUUUGAUAUUGUUUUGAAAGUUCUUAAAACAUUCCAAGAUCGGGAAAAGUUUUUCAUGAAUCGAUGUAAGGGUCUUUUUUCUGGCAAAAAGAGCCUGACCAAGACUGACGUCAUGGUAAUCUACGGAGCCGUGGCCCUCCAUGCUCCCAAGAGUCAACUCCUCACCAGGCUUGAUCAAGACAUUGUGUCCCAAGUCCUGUUUCUUUAUGGCCAGUGCUCUCAGGUUCUGGGCAUGUCUGUGAUGAACAAGGACAUGGAUCUGCAAAUGAGUUUUAUAAGAAGUAUCACUGAGAUUGGCAUUGCUGUCCAAGAUGCUGAGGAUGAGAAAUUCAAGUUUUCCUACAAGGAGGUGCUGCUGGGUUACAUGCUGGACUUCAUCAGGGAUGAGCCCCUGAACUCCUUAGCGAGCCCUGUGCGGUGGAAAGCUUUAAUUGCCAUCAGAUACCUCAGUAAACUGAAACCUCAGCUCUCACUGAAUGACCAUCUUAAUAUUCUCGAGGAGAAUAUCCGGAGGCUGCUGCCCCUUCCACCUCUGGAAAAACUCAAAAACGAGGGCGAGACGGACAAGGACAAGGAGCACAUUCACUUUCUCUACGACCGCUCCAUGGAUGCUCUGGGGAAGCUGCUGAGGACCACGAUGUGGGACAGCACGAGCGCAGAGGACUGUCAAGAAAUGUUCAACCUUCUCCGAAUGUGGCUUGUUUCCCAGAAAGAGUGGGAGAGAGAAAGAGCUUUCCAGAUCACCGCACAAGUGCUGACAAAUGACACGGAGGCGCCAGAGAACUUUAAAAUCGGCUCGCUCCUCGGCCUCCUGGCUCCUCACUCCUGUGACACCCUGCCCUCCAUCCGCCAGGCGGCUGCUAGUUCGGCUAUUGGUCUGUUCUGCAUAAAAGGCAUUCGCCUGGAAGUGGACAGACUACAGGAUUUGCAGGAAGGGCUGCAGUGUGAUGAUGUGGAGGUCCAGAUCAAGAUUUCCUCUAAAAUAGCAAAGAUAGUCAGUAAACUCAUCCCAAGUGAGGAAAUCCUGAUGUUCCUGGAGGAAACCCUGGAUGGUCUGGAGAGCCUCAACCCCACCUGCACGAAGGCCUGCGGUGUAUGGAUGAUCGCCGCCCUGAAGGAGCAAGGAGCUACUUUGGAAGAUCAGCUGUUGGAAAUCUUGGGCGUAAUUUAUCAUCACAUGCCGGUCCUCAGACAAAAGGAGGAAAGUUUUCAUUUCAUGCUAGAAGCCAUCUCCCAGAUAGCCAGCUUUCAUAUGGAUGCAGUUGUUGCCAACCUUUUGCAGAAGCCUCUGCCCUUUGACAGGGACACAAAGACACUGUGGAAGGCUCUGGCUGAGAACCCAGCCUCCAGUGGCAAACUCCUACGGGCCUUAAUAGACAAACUGGGGAACGGACUAGAAGAUGAUUUAGCUGGAAUAGAUGCAAUUUCUGUGGCCUGUGCGAUCCAUGAGGUGGUGUCGACCGGCAGCCCUGUCACAGGCUUAUACCCGGAGCUAUUCACCCUCCUCCUGAAGCUGGUCAGCUGCACACUGGGCCAGAAGAUGCCCACGACGACCUUGAACCGCAGGCGCCGGGUGAUGCCACAGGGAGAGCGACAGCAGAUCUCAGACCCCAGCAGGGUCUCAGCGACAACUCUGAAGUGUGUGCAAGCGCAGGCCAUGAGAGAAGGCCUAGCCAAAGAAUCUGACGAGGGGGACAACGUAUGGACCCUGCUCAGCAGCCCUGGUACCCACCACCUGGGAGUAUGUGCACUGGCCAGGAGCAUGACGGUGUGGCAACACGGCGUCAUACUGGACAUCAUGGACCAGCUCCUGCCGUCCCUCACCUCCUCCUCCGAGAACUACCGGAUAACUGGCACAGCUUUCUUCUCUGAGCUCAUGAAGGAGCCAAUCCUCUGGAAGCACGGGAAUCUGCGGGAAGUGCUGAUCCUCAUGGAUCAGAGUGCCUGGGACUCCAACGCCAUCCUGAGGCAAAUGGCCAUCCGAGGGCUCGGUAAUACGGCUUCCGGAGCCCCUCACAAGGUGAAGAAGCAUAAGCAGAUAAUACUAGAAUCUGUCAUCAGAGGCCUCUACCACCUGGCCCGCACCGAGGUUGUCUGUGAAAGCUUGAAGGCGCUAAAAAUGAUCCUGGAGCUGCUUACAGACCGAGAUAUCAGCUUCUACUUCAAAGAAAUAGUGCUGCAGACAAGAACCUUCUUUGAAGACGAGCAGGAUGAUGUGAGGCUGACCGCCAUCCUCUUAUUUGAGAAUCUGGCAUGCCUAACAGGAAGAAAGUGGAAGAUUUUCUUUGCUGAAGAAAUAAAAAAGAGCAUGAUUUCAUUCCUUCUCCACCUCUGGGAUCCCAAUCCCAAGAUCGGGACUGCGUGCCGAGACGUCCUGAUCAUCUGCAUUCCAUUUCUGGGUCUCCAGGAACUCUAUGGGGUAUUAGAUCAUCUCCUUGACGGUCAAGAUCUACCAAGGGCCAGGGAUUUCUAUAGGCAAUUCUGUGUGAAACUGGCAAAGAAAAACCAAGAAAUCCUGUGGAUCCUCCACACACACUCAUUCACCUUCUUCAGCAGCAGCUGGGAGAUGAUCAGGAGCGCGGCCGUCAAACUCACAGAUGCUAUUGUUCUUAAUUUGACCAACCAAUAUGUGGAGUUAUUGGACAGAGAACAGCUGACCACGCGGCUCCAGGCACUUCGGCAAGACCCCUGUAUCAGUGUCCAGAGGGCAGCGGAAGCUGCCUUGCAGACCCUCUUGAGAAGGUGUAAAGAGACAAGCAUCCGUCCGUAAACCAUCAGGAAAUAAACUGCUAGGCUUUUUCUGUAACUGA